UGUUUGUGUCCGCCUGAUCAGUUACGAGACUUGCGCGGUGGUGGUGACCAAUUGUGGAAAGCUUUGCACUCUUCUGAUGGCGAACCACCACUGCACGGUUGUACAAAACUGGAACAACCCAAUGUGCUCGCUCGGCCUCAGCUUUUAGGACGCAGUCGUCCGGGUUUCCAUUUGGAUUUUAAUAAUCCAUCGGAAUUUGUACCCGUCACCGAGUUUAUCAGUGAGAGUGAGGUUUAUACACGACCGGUGGACGAAGAGUUCCGGUUCGUUCCCGAGACAGACAAUGUGGAUUCUGAAUGGCCCGUACUGUCAGACCCGGUCCACCUACCCGAGCAAUUGCGUGUUUUAUGCCUGCGUAAAAAUUUGACCCAAUUUCUCGGGAAUCCACGCUUCACAAAUGGACAAUUCGAUUUCUACCCACUUGAUUUGGCCUCAAUUAUCCCUGUGUUAGCGCUCAAUUUGCAACCGGGUGAUACUUUAUUGGACUUGUGUGCUGCACCGGGUGGGAAAUCUAUCGCCGCUUUGCAAACCAUGAUGCUCAGUCGCUUAUUAUGUGUAGAUAAUUCGGAAUCUCGACUGGAGCGCCUACAGCAAUCGCUGAACGCUUAUGGUCCAGCUUCUGGCAAUGGGUUAAAAAUCGAUGCAAUUCACGAAAGCCAACUGUCUCAUUAUAUGCGCGACGAAAUGGGCCAGACCACGGACGCCGGCGAUGCGGAAAGCCUGUUCGAUAAAGUUCUGGUUGAUGUUCCAUGCUCCACAGAUCGACAUGCCAUCUGCUCUGAUUCGGGCAGUGUGUUCUCUCGGGGCCGGAUGAAAGCCCGACUGGCCUUAACGACCACUCAGAACCUCUUGCUUCGACGCGCCAUGAACGUUUGCCGUCCUGGUGGUACCGUGGUCUACUCAACCUGUACCUUAUCUCCUGCUCAAAAUCAAUUCUUAGUACAGUCCUGCCUGCAGCAGGUGAAUCAAACGGAUGGCGGUAUGCGCUAUGCAGUGGUCGAUCUGCGUCCUCUUGCCCGACUGUUUCAGCGUGCAGAAUCGGUGCUGAAACUGCGUUCGGUUCCAAUGUACGUCUCGGACCACGUGGAUGCUUCGCCCAUAGGACUACUGAUAGUCCCGACAGUGGCGGCCAACUAUGGACCAGCUUUCGUAACUAAAUUGAGAAGACUAUCCUAA